AUGUGUUCAACCGACAUCUUCCUCGGCAUCCUAGCCAUUCUCUUCCCCCCGCUGCCUGUCUGGGUCAAGCGCGGCCUCUGUGGCGCCGACUCCCUCAUCAACAUCUGCCUCUGCAUCCUCGGCUUCCUCCCAGGCCUCCUCCACGCCUGGUACAUCAUCGCAAAGUACCCCGAGCCCGCCUACGAAUACGAGGCCAUCCCCAACGACCGCGAAGGCGGCCGAGUCACAUAUGUUUACGUCCAGCCCCAUGGCCCUCACUUCCAGCCACCAAAGCCCCAGGGCUCCUCAAACAAUUUGAACUAUGGCACCGCUUCCAACCAGAACUCUUCGCCCCAGCCCCAGCCUCAACAGCAGGGCGUGGCGCACUCUGGAGAGGGCAGCUCGAACGCCGAGAACCAAGGCGUUCCUCCUUCGUACGCCGAGGUUGUUGCCGGCGACCACAAGGUCCAGACGCAGGACUAG